CGAAAUCUGAUUGGGAUUGAAAAAUACAUAGUGAAAUGGCACAUAAUAAAAUUAAAUAAAUUAAUUGUAAAGCGUGCGUUGGUCGUGGCCUAAAGGAAAAGCAGUGCGCGUCUGUGAGUGUGAGUGCAUAUGUUUUUAGGCUAAAGCGCAAGGAAAAAUAUCAUAACGGUUAACACAGUGCUAAAACGCGAAACAACAACAAAACUUAACGAAAAGCGCAGCUGAUGCUGCAGCUGCUGUUGGCGUCGACUGCGACUGCGACUGCAAGAGCACAAUGAGCGUGUUUGAUGAUUUUCAACGCUUGUGGAUGCAACGAUUUCCACAAAGCUCACUCUCCGAUGCCUGGGAGCAGGAUGUGCGCGCAAGCCUUGAACGCCACAAACUCAAAAUCAGUGAACUGAGCAAGGAGCUCGAACAGGAAACACUCUAUGUGGAGUAUCUGGAGCGUUUGCUCUCGGAUGUGGAGAAAUAUCGCGAGAGUGGCGGCGAUCCCACAACGCUCUUUGAGGCAGCUAGCGUUAAUCCCAAUGCGGCUCCAAUUACACCACAAACGCCAAGUGGCAGCAGCAGCGGCGCUGCCAAUGGCGCAAGCGCUGACAAAGACUUUAAAUCGAGUUUAAAUCUGCGCGAGGCGAGCAGCGCGUCGGCGGCAGGAGCUGGCAAGGACAAGGACAGGCUGUCCCUGAGCACAGACAACAAAUACACACACACACAGCAGCAGGAGCAUGUGGGUGGUGGUGGGAGUGGACUGAGCUCGGCGCCGCCCACGGGCAAGCGCAGCAUGACGGAGCACAGCUUUGAGCGCGAGGAUAAAAAGGACAGUGGCAACGAGAAGGACUCGAACGGUGCGCUCCAGCAGUGUAUCACCGAGCUGGCGGCCUCCAUUGGCAGCAAGGCCAACAACAACGAACAAAGGACAGCAGCAGCAGCAGCCGCAGCAGCUGCACAAAGCGAUAACAAACAGGAGGCGACUGUCACUGGAGCUGGGGUGGAGGCUGAGCAGCUGCAGCAGCAGCAGCAGCAGCAGCAGUCGACGAAGCCACUGCGCAAGUCAACUUCCCACUUUGUUACCGUCAUUGAGGUCAAGGAGGCCAAAGACAAAGACUUGGAUGAUGCUCAAUCGUCAGCCCAAUCGACGACAGCGACAACAGCGACGACGACGACGACGACGACGACGACGGUCAAUGACCAAGCACCAACGCCCCCAUCCACCUUCGCACGCUUCACCGAGCGCAACAAGAACGUGGAGCCCACAGCGCCACCGCUGUCGCCAUCGCUGACAUCGCCCGCCAUGUCCGCAUCCUCGUAUGCCGCGCAUCUGGAGGCCAAAAAGAAAAUGCCGCCCAGACCGCCGCCCAAGAACAUCAGACGCGUGGAGCCACCCACGAUACCCAACCAGACGCAGCAGCAGCAUCAGCAUCAGCAGUUGUCCUCCUCGCCCAAGCGUGAGACGCCCUACGUGGGCAGCUCGAUGCCGUUGCCCAGCAGCAGCUCGGGCGAGAGUCCAGCCAGCUCGCUGGAGCGCAACAUUAAGCCAUCGGAUAUAUUGCGACAGAAGUCGUCGGAGCAGCUGGAGUCGAAGUACGCAGCGAAUCGCAAGACGACGCCAGAGCUGAGCAAGCUGGCCAAUACGCCGGAGCUGAUGGAGGAGCUGGGACGCAAAAUGGUGGGCAAGACGGACAGCUUGGAGCAUGCCAAGCGCAAUGAUGGCGGCGGCGGCGGCAAUGGAGCGUCAAAUGGCACUGGUGGCAGCUUGGGACGCACAGCCUCAACGCCGAGUCGCCAGCUAACGCCAGCGGGACGCAAUGUGGGCGCUUCGCCCACUGGCAGCCUAAACAAAACCCCCAAGCUGACGACCACAGACAGCAGCUCGACCAGCAGCCUGGAGAAGAAGUCGCGCGCCUCGUUGCAGGCAAACGAUGCAGAGGCAACGGCCGCGCAUCAACGCAGCGCCGGCUCCAAGGAGUCGCUCGCAUCACAAGGCAUAUCGGAAGUUAUCAAAAGCUACGAGUCGGUCUCGUCGCUCAGCUCGGAUAGCGCCAAGGCAGCUCAGCAGGCGGACAAUGAGCCGUAUUACGAUAGUGUACCGUUAGAUAGCAACGAUGGGGAGUACGUGUUCAUCAAGCCAGGACGCACUGGCUCCUCGUCUAGUCGCGACGAUCUGUCCACGCCGGGCAGCACUUUGCCCAUGGCUCAGCUGAGCAGCCAGACGAGCGUUACGGAUCCCGAAUCUCCUGGGCGUACCUCCAACUAUGUGAACAUUGAUUAUUUCAUCCAAAGCAAUGAGACGCGCUCGAGUUCAUUGGACAGCGAUGGCGAAUACGAGGGACCGCCCAUCUUGCGCACCAUUUCACAUGAUGAACAACAGUCGUCGGCCACAUCGACAGCCACAUCAGCGACAGCCACAGGCACAGCCACAUCGACGUCAUCAACAUCACAGACGCCAGGUGCAUUGCGCAAGAAUUUAGUUUCAGCAAUACUUCUCUCUGGGAAUGCGCGUGGCGCCAAAAUACGCAACAUCCUGAGCUCGAUCAUACACAGCGAGACGAUCUAUGUGGAGUGCCUGAACAAGAUGCUGCAGUACAAGCGCGCCAUACACGCCACGCUGGGCACAUCGCAGCCUGUCAUCAAGGAGGAGGAGGAGAACACCAUAUUCUUCAAGAUCGACGAGCUGCACGAGGUGCACACCGCAUUUCUGGGCGAUCUGAAAACGAUUGUGGCGCACGAGGGCGGCGAUGUGCUCAUUGGCGAGCCCUUCAAGCGUCUCGCCGAUAUGUUCGAUCUUUAUAGCGCCUUUCUGCACAACUAUGGCCAGGCCAUCGAUACGGUGAAGAAGUGCAGCGCCAGCAAUCCGCAGUUUAAGAAAAUUGUAUCGACCAUUGUCGUCAAUCUGCAGACGGAGCAGUCGCUGACGCUGGAGGAUUUGCUGCAUAAGCCGGUGGCGCGUGUGCAAAUCAAUGCUUUGGUCUUCAACGAUCUGCUGCGCGAGACGCCGCCCAAUCAUCCGGAUCAUCAGCCGCUGCGGCAGGCACAAAAGAUCAUACAAAUGUUCCUCAAUCAGUUCAAUGUGGUCAACCAGCGGCUGCCCAGCGAAUCGAAUCGCAAUCUGCGCCGCAUGGUGCGCAACUCGUUCAUUGUCGAACUGGUCGAUGGGCAUCGCAAGCUGCGUCACUUGUUUCUGUUCAACGAUGUCAUUGCCUGCGCCAAAUACAAAGCUCUGGGCCGUGAUCGCAUCGACUACGAGCUCAAGUGGUUCAUACCGCUGAAGGAUGUCAAUGUGUUCGAGGAGACGGACACAAGUGCGGAUCUCAAGGAAUCUAGUCCAGCGAAUAUUUCACAAGUGAAACGCAAUUUGCGCUCCGUGCGCGAUCAGCUCGUCUUUGAGGGCAAUGGAGUGCGCACUGGCGAUAAAUACAGACGCAAGCUGGCGGAUCUGGAGUCACAGCUGGUGCUGGCCACGCCCAAUCUGGUGCUGCGCCUAGGCAACAAGGCCAACAACAAGACCAUGACCUUUUUCCUUAGCUCCGACUUUGAGCGCACGCAGUGGAUUGACUCGAUCAUGUCAUUGAAGCAAAAGUGUAAUCUACCUGGCGCCAACACCAUCAACUCCCUGGAGGUCACCGCCUUCAUUGUGGCCAUGCAAAAGGGCAUGAAGACUGAAAUGGGCUCCUAUCUUAUGCGCAACCAUAACGAUGAGAGUCUGCUCGUGGGCGAUCUAUAUAUGAGCGCGCAGGGCCUGCAGGGACUGGAGCAGCCGGCCGACUUGUACAUAUGCAUUGAGGUGGACUCGUAUGGCCACUACUUCCGCAAGGCCACCACCAAAAUGAUUUGCCGCAGCCAAUCGCCGCUGUGGAACGAAAGCUUUAUGCUCGAGCUCGAGGGCAGUCAAAAUGUUCGCAUUCUGCUCUACGAGUCCAAGGAGCGGCCGCUGCUGCGAGCCAAGCACAUACUCAAGUUAAGCCGCAGCUGGCUGACGGAAACGACACAGACGCGCAGCAUUAAGCUGAGCGAGACGCUUGAACUGAAUGCCAGCUUCCGUUUUGUGCCCGGCGAGCUGUGCCGCGCCACAAUGAAGCCGGGCGCACUCUUCGGUGCCAAAAUGAGUCAAGUAUUAAAACGCGAAAAGCGCGACAUUCCAUUCAUCAUCAGUGCCUGCAUACGGGAAGUGGAGCGACGUGGCAUGUUGGAAGUGGGCUGCUAUCGCGUCAGUGGCUCCGCCUCCGAUCUGGCCAAGCUCAAGAAGUCCUUCGAGUCGGAUGCCUAUGAGGCUGAGCAGCUGCUGCGCGAGGUGGACAUACAUUCGGUUACUGGCAUUUUAAAGACAUUUUUACGUGAACUGCCCGAGGCAUUGUUCACCGAUCAGCUUUAUCCACGAUUCUUCGAAACAUUUAGCGCAUUUGGCAACAACAACGAGGCCACGCGCAUCCACGAGCUGCUCAAGGUGUUCGAGGAGCUGCCGCAGGCCAACAAGGCCUCCAUAAAUCUUAUACUCGAUCAUCUUAUUAGAGUGCAUGAAAAGGAGGCGGACAACAAAAUGUCGCUGCACAAUCUGGCGAUGGUGUUUGGACCCACAUUGCUGCGACCGGGACAGACGCAGGUGAAGCAAAAGGAUCCAUUGGCCGCCAGCACCGUGGACGUGAUGGCCCAGGCGGGCAUACUCUAUUGUUUUUUGCAGGCGCGCAUUAAGAAGGAAUAAUUCCGAGCAACAAAUAUAUGAAAAACAAACAGCAACAAUUUACUACACAACUCAACAAAAAACAAUUUAACUUAACAGCUUAAUAUAUUAACUAUGGCCUAAGCUUGAAGCGUAUCCAUACUCCUGGCACAACUAACACACAUACAAACACACACACACACACACACAUAUAGACGCUGCCGAUUGUAUAUAGCAGGCGCAAAAAUUGUAGCGUAGCCCAAGGGUAAAUCUUUAAUAUCUUUUUGUUUUUUAUUUUAAACUAAAUUAAGUGAAAACUGAACAAAAGUGCUCAAUGUAGGGCCCAACACACACACAAUGACACACACACACUUAAACAUAGACACUAGUGUUCAACACUCUUCCAAUUUGCCUGGCCCCCCCCUAGUACUAGACUUGUAAUCCCCACUAGCCAAGACUUUUAGCUGCUGCUUCUUGCUCUAAAAAUUACUACAAAAGAAAUUUAAAAAAAAAUCAACAUAUUUUAAAUAUAA